AUGAAUUACCCAGGAGGCCAGCCAGGCAUGUAUCCACCUCCACCAGUGGCUUACCAAGGCGGACCUCCUUACCCUCCUCAAGUUGAGUAUAUAAUGUAUGCAUAUUGCCCUGGGUAUGCGCCAGCUCCUAUGCCCACUGCUGCAGUGACUCACAUGGUGGUGUCCCCAAUGCUGCAUGACGUCCCGGGACAGGCCGUGUGCCCCCACUGCCAGCAGACGGUGACCACCUGCACAGAGCCCUCCUCCGGACUCAUGACUUGGCUCAUCUGUGGAGGGGUGGCCCUACUGGGGUGCUGCCUUUGUUGCUGUAUCCCCUUCUGCAUCGACUCCAUCAAAGACGUGGAGCAUCGCUGUCCAAACUGCCAGAGGGUCAUCCAUAUUUACAAGAGGAUGGAAAGCAUUUGUUGA